AUGAGUAUGAUCGGUGCGCUGCGAGUAAAAGUUCUACGAUGGCCAUUAGUUCUAGUUCUAUACUGCGUGGUAAGCGUUUGUUCCAGUGAAAAUGAAGAAGAAAAUGACUCGAGAGCGCUUGAAGCAGAAAGUGCUCGGUUGAAUCCUGUUUACUAUGCGCAGAUGUGGUAUCGUACAUGGCAAUUUCCAGUCAUAAUGCUCAUCAAAGGGCUAGUCAGCGCGGCAGUUUUGUUCUUCAGUUUCGCUACCACCGCGAUUCAAGGAAUGCAGGGCUUCAAAACCGAAUCGGAUGUUAAUCAUGGACCGACGGUGAUCGAUGGGACUAUCGAAAGCUAUGGGACUCCCCCUCAUCAUAAGUGGUUUGGAAACUGGGGUUGGGGAUGAAUAGAAUCGUACUUUAAGAUAGCCUAAUUGAAAGACUGAGAUUUUUAAAAUAAUAUUUAUUUGAAG